AUGACGCGCGCACAGCAAACCAUCUCAAUCGGCCUCCUCGUCACUUCUCUCUAUCUCUCCUUGUACCUACAGCUCGUUCCCCUCCCCGACGUGGUCCAGACCGAGAUCGUCCCCGUUCUCCCCUUCUGGGCCCUCGUCUCCUUCGGCGCGUACCUUCUCUUCCGCCUCGGCUGGAACGUGAUGACCUUCCACGACGUGCCCGAGGCCCACAAGGAGCUGACGGCCGAGAUCGAGCUGGCCAAGGCCGACCUCCGGCGCCUGGGCGUCGACGUGGAUUGA